AUGCUGCCGUGGAUUCUGGUCUUCUCCGCUCUGGGUCUCCAGGCCUUGGGUGGUUCUUCCUGGAACAAAACACAAGCUAAACAGAUAUCAGAGGGGCUUCAGUACCUGCUUGGCAACAUUUCCCAGCUCACUGAAAAAGGCAAACCAGAUGCCUCCACUAUGGUCUCUCGCAAGGCGUGGGGAGCAGAAGCUAUUAGCUGCAGCACUCAACUGACCACACCAGUGGAUGUCCUUGUCAUACACCACAUCCCCGGACUGGAGUGUCACGACCAGACUGUCUGCAGUCAGAGACUGCGGGAAUUGCAGGCCCAUCACGUCCACAACAAUAGUGGCUGCGAUGUGGCCUACAGCUUCCUGGUUGGAGAUGAUGGCAGAGUGUAUGAAGGUGUUGGCUGGACUGUCCAAGGUGUGCACACUCAAGGCUACAACAACAUCUCCCUGGGCUUUGCCUUCUUCGGCACAAAGAAAGGCCACAGUCCCAGCCCUGCUGCCCUGUCAGCCAUGGAUGCCCUAAUCUCCAAUGCUGUCGAGAAGGGCCACUUGUCAUCCAGGUAUGUCCAGCCACUUUUUGUGAAAGGCGAGAACUGCCUGGCUCCUCGGCAGAAAGAAAGUCUGAAGAAGAGAGUUUGCCCUAGCAUUGUCCCGCGGGCUGCUUGGGGGGCCAGGGAGACCCACUGCCCCCAGAUGAUCCUUCCGGCGAAGUAUGGCAUCAUCAUCAAUACUGCGGGGAGAACCUGCAACAUAUCUGACGAGUGCCGCCUGCUGGUUCGGGACAUCCAGUCCUUCCACAUGGACAGGGUCAAGUUAUGUGACAUUGGGUACAACUUCCUUGUAGGCCAGGAUGGCGUCAUUUAUGAAGGCGUGGGCUGGAAUGUCCAAGGCUCUCACACUCCUGGCUAUGAUGACAUUGCCCUGGGCAUCGCCUUCAUGGGCACCUUUACAGGUACUCCGCCCAAUGCCGCGGCACUGGAGGCAGCUCAGGACCUGAUCCAGUGUGCCGUGGUCAAGCGAUACCUGACUCCCAACUACCUGCUGGUGGGUCACAGUGAUGUGGCCAAAACCCUGUCUCCUGGGCAGGCUUUGUACAACAUCAUCAGCACGUGGCCUCAUUUCAAGCACUGA